AACUUUAGUCUCGUUACUACGCCCUUGGGAUCCACUUAAAAUAUGGUGUCGCAUUAAAUUUGUACAAAAUGCGUUUAGACGAAGAUGAGCUAGUGUUUUACGAUUAUCAGUGGGUAGUCAACAAUAACGUGGUUUCUCAAGACAAGCAAUACGUUUCGCCAUUCUUCGGCCUUGACAUUUCACCUCACAUUCGAGAUGCUGCCUCAUUUCGGUUUGGUAUACGUUUAACAUCUGUAGAAUCUAAGGUUAAAGCCAUCGUUUUGCUCUAUGUCCAUUAUCUCGAUACUUUGGGUAUUGGUGUGACUGACGUUGAAUGUUUCAUAGACGUCUCACAAUCGUUAAAAUUAAGUCAAAAAUUUCGUGAUGCUCAAACGCUGAUAUUUGAAAGCCAAGAAUUUUAUCCAGCCACAGAAAAUGGCGUCCUCGUCCAAGAAGCAUUCGUUUUGAUUUACCGAAUUUACCCGACUAAUUCCUUUUACGGCUACACGAUGGAUCGCCAACCUCUUUUAGAUUACGGAUUCGAGCAAUGUGAUACCAAUUUCGGAGAAGAAAUGUGGUCAGCUGCUCAGAAACAAAAGUUGACUGAUUGUGAGUUUGUCGUCAAUCAAACUGUUUUCCCUGGACAUCGAGCUAUUUUGGCAGCACGAUGUCCAGCUUUGGUGGACUGGCGUCAUCUCGAUGCAGAUUAUCCUACAAUUCCAAUUGUAGACACUGACGAAGCUGUUUUUGAAGCUUUUCUUUAUUUCCUCUACACCGGCCAAGUAUCGUUGCCAGUUGAUACGGACAUGUACCGACAUUUCAUUGAACUUUACAUCAAAUUCAUCAGAAGACUGCCAGAUGAAAUUGGAGAGGCUACAUCAUCGUCAAACGAAUGCUCAACCGAAUCCGCAGUGAAUUUGAGUCAAAACCAUGGAAAAGUCUCGUUUGUACGUCGUGGUAUCAGCCUGGAAUACAGCUACGAAUGUUGUUUCAAAUUAUUUGAAAAACCUUCAACUCAGACGGCCCAUUUCAAUGGUAAAGGUUCGUUUAACGUAUCACUGAAGAAACUAAAGGCUUACAGCGAUGAAUGUCAGUGUGAAUUAUCCAUCUGCAAUUUGAAUCCGGUCAUCGGUCUUAAUCUGAUUGGUGUGGCAUGUUAUCGCCAAGGAAUCAAGUGUCACCUAAGUGAAUUCAAAGAAGAAAGAUUCCGAAGCAUCGUGAUGUUACCCAGAAAUCCAAGAAAUUCCAAAAUGGCUGGUACCGGAUCCUCUGAGGAUGCCAAUUUCCUCGAGAUAUCCAACAGCGAUCGGUUUUCUUUCGUGACGGACUUGGAAAUUUGCCUGGCCGAGGACGAGGACGAGUCAUGGGGCUACCGUUUACGGGACCUUCUGCUGUCUGCCCACCUGUGGUCCGUUUACACGACUAAAGAAUGGGCCGACGUGGAACUUUGCAUGUCUAGAGACAACGUCAAUCAUCUUUCCUUUCCGGCUCACAGAGCCAUUCUUUCGGCCCGCAGUCCUGUUUUUGCCUCCGUCUUCAAGGCGACAAACGAGAAAAAAAUCGACGUCGAAGACAUGGAUCCUGUUCUAUUCGAAGACUUUCUUUUCUUCAUCUACACGGGCACUGUGAGGAAUGCGGAGAAUUUGCCCGAUCUUUGGCCUGUCGCGAAGAAAUACCACGUUAAGACGUUGGACAAAAUUUCGGAAUUUGCUUGAAAAUUCUUUUUGUUUACGUUUUUUAAUCUUUUGU